CCGCCCUCCUCCAGCGCCCAACCUCGGACUGCUGCGCCUCGCCUGCCCUUUCGGCAAGACCGCGCCGUCGAGGAGGACCGCCAGCAUGAGCUGCUUCUUCUGCCUCGUCCUGGCCCUGAGCCUCUGGCGGGUGCGGGGCUUGGGAGAACCAGGCCCUUUGGAAGACGUCGUCAUUGACAGAUACUACAUCCCCAAAGUGUGCUUGCGAGAAGUCUAGAUGGGCGACUUCGUCCGCUACCAUUACAACGGGACUUUCCAAGACGGGACCAAGUUUGACUCCAGCUAUGAUCGAGGUGCCACAGUGGCAGGUGUGGCAGGUGUGGGGCGGCUCAUCACGGGCAUGGAUAGAGGCCUGCAGGGCAUGUGCGUGAAUGAGAGGCGGCAUCUAAUUGUCCCACCUCAUCUCGGCUAUGGCAGCAUUGGUGUUGCUGGUCUGAUUCCCCCAGACACCACCCUCUAUUUUGAUGUCAUUAUGCUCGACAUUUGGAACAAGGAAGACAAGCUGCAGAUCACCACUCUGUACAAACCAGAACGGUGUAACCGUACAGUGGAGAAUACAGACUUUGUGCGUUAUCACUACAAUGGCACACUUCUGGAUAGCACUCCCUUUGAUUCCAGCUAUGGAAAAGACAGUACUUAUGACACCUAUGUGGGUUCGGGGUGGCUGAUCAAAGGAAUGGACCAAGGUCUGCUAGGCAUGUGUGCUGGAGAGAAGAGGAGAAUAGUCAUCCCCCCAUUCCUGGCCUAUGGAGAGAAAGGUUAUGGUACCGUUAUCCCCCCUCAAGCAUCACUGGUUUUCUAUGUCCAUCUGGUGGAUCUACACAACCCAAAAGAUGGCAUCUCUCUUGAGCACUUAGAAGUGCCAGCAUCUUGCAAACGCAAGUCUGUGACUGGAGAUUUUGUGCGCUACCAUUAUAAUGGCACCCUGAUGGAUGGGACCCUGUUUGAUUCUAGUUACUCACGGAAUCACACGUAUGACACGUACAUUGGGAAGGGUUAUGUUAUCCCAGGAAUGGACCAGGGACUCCAAGGGGUCUGUAUUGGCGAAAAGAGAAAAAUCAUCAUCCCUCCCCAUUUGGCCUAUGGAGAAAGUGGGGCAGGGAACAAAAUCCCUGGUUCAGCUGUCUUGAUCUUCGAUGUUCACAUCAUUGACUUCCACAACCCCACAGACUCUGUGGAGAUUGAGACUGCCUACCAACCUGAAGACUGUAAUGUCACCACACAAGACAGAGACUUUGUCCGCUAUCAUUACAACUGUUCCCUCCUGGAUGGCACCAAGCUUUUCUCCUCCCAUGACUAUGAAAAUGCUCAGGAAGCCACUUUGGGCACCAACAAAAUAAUUGAAGGCUUGAACAUUGGCUUGCUCGAUAUGUGUGUGGGAGAGAAACGUCUUGUUACUGUUCCUCCACAUUUAGGCCAUGGUGAAAGUGGUGCCCGAGGUGUUCCUGGAAGUGCUGUUCUCCGCUUUGAGAUAGAGCUUUUACAUCGGGAGCCAGGCGUUCCAGAGGGGUACCUGUUCAUCUGGCACAGUGAACCACCAGCUAAUCUGUUUGAAGCAAUGGAUCUUAACAAGGAUGGCGAAGUCCCUCCUGAGGAGUUCUCAACAUUCAUCAAAUCCCAAGUUGCAGAAGGCAAAGGUCGCAUGAUGCCAGGUGCUGACCCAGAAAAGGUUGUCACUGAUAUGUUCCAGAACCAAGACCGUAAUAAAGAUGGGAAAAUCACAGCAGAGGAACUGAAGUUGAAAUCAGAUGAGGAUCAAGCAAAACAUGAGGAACUUUAAAAAAGAGAACUCUGGGGUUGGGCUUUUUUU